GCCUUUUCGCCAUACCAGCAACUUUCGUGCGCUCUGCCAGGUUGCUCUGCCAGGUUGCUCUGCCAGAUUGCUCUGCCAGCCUCCCCCUCCUCCUGCCCCCCCGGUAUAGAUAGCCCACAAUGUCUCAGACGGUGCAAGACCUUCCUCCCGCCGGCGGCUUCCCGGAAACCAUCAAGUACCAGCGCUUCAUUCCCAAGCGCGGCCCCACUGGCCUCGUUAUGUUCGCGGUCACCUUUGGCAUCAUGGGCUACGGAUGGUACUGGCUCACGCUGUCCAACGCCGAGCGAAGAGAACACCGCCGCGAGAAGGCUUGGAGCCGCAUCAGCCUCGUGCCUCUCCUGCAGGCCGAGACCGAUCGAGACCUCGUUCGCCGAUUCGAAUCUCUGAAGAAUCAGGAGUACGAGAUCAUGAAGGAGGCCCACCCUGACUGGCAGCCCGUCGAUCUCAAGGCCCCUGUCCGCGGCAUCGGCAAGGAUGCUGUCCGCGACCCCGAGCAGUCCGAGCCCGUCUACCACACCAGCCGCUACGUCGCCCCCUCGAUGGUCUACCUUCCCGAAGACGAAAAGUCCACCAGUCAAUCGAUUCCGGCUCAGUGGUGGCGGGGAUCCAAGAUGUUCCUGACCAACCCUCCUUUCCACAACCGAUCAGACUGGAAGGGCAAGAAGUUCGAGGACCUCUAAGGCAGCACCGCGUUACCCUUGGCUUUCAACCGGCGGGGUAGGCGGCGCCUGGACUUGUGCCAAUCCAGGCGUCCUCCUACCGACGGCGCUCUCAAACCAAAGGGAGCACCUGUCUGAGGCCAGUGGCCAGCUUUUUUCCUGGAUCUUGAGUACACUCAUAUUCAUCCAUCA